UGCUUUUCUGCUGAACCUUCUUGUAGAUUUCGGCAUGGAGGAAAUUUAUGCUAAGUUUGUGUCUCAGAAAAUCAGCAAAACCCGCUGGCGGCCGGUGCCUUCCGGAAGCCUGCAGACCGCAGAGACCUUCGCUACGGGCUCUUGGGACAAUGAGGAAAAUUGCGUUUCACUGUGGUCUAUUGGAGAUUUUGGAAAUUUGGAUUCUGACGGAGGCUUUGAAGGAGACCAUCAAUUACUGUGCGAUAUCAGACAUCAUGGUGAUGUCAUGGAUUUACAGUUUUUUGACCAGGAAAGAAUUGUAGCUGCUUCAUCAACAGGAGGUGUAACAGUGUUCCUUCACCAUCCAAAUAACCAGACUCUGUCAGUCAGUCAGCAGUGGCCCGCAGCUCACCACCAUACAGGUCCCGGCAGUCCUUCCUACAGCAGUGCACCGUGUACAGGGAUUGUGUGUGACAACCCAGAAAUCGUUUCUGUUGGAGAAGAUGGGCGAAUCAAUCUCUUCAGAGUUGACCACAAGGAGGCUGUAAGAACUAUAGAUAACGCGGACAGCAGUACACUCCAUGCUGUAACCUUCCUCCGAACUCCUGAGAUUGUUACAGUAAACUCCAUUGGACAGUUAAAAAUAUGGGAUUUCAGACAACAAGGAAGUGAGCCCUGUCAGAUAUUAUCACUGACUGGUGACCGAGUGCCACUCCACUGUGUUGACAGACAUCCCAACCAGCAGCAUGUUGUAGCUACUGGGGGCCAGGACGGGAUGUUGAGUAUUUGGGAUGUUAGACAAGGCACCAUGCCCGUAUCUUUACUUAAGGCUCAUGAGGCUGAAAUGUGGGAGGUUCACUUCCACCCAUCCAAUCCAGAUCAUCUGUUUACUUGUUCUGAAGAUGGAUCCCUCUGGCACUGGGAUGCCUCCACAAAUGGAUCCGAAAAGUCUUCUCUGUUUCACCAAGGAGGAAGAAGCAGCACUUUCCUGUCUCAUAGUAUAAGUAACCAGGCCACUGUUCACCAGUCUCUAAUAAGUUCCUGGCUCAGCACAGAUCCUGCCAAAGACCGCAUUGAAAUCACAAGCUUGCUUCCCAGCAGAACUCUGUCUGUAAACAGUUUGGAUGUUUUAGGUCCCUGUCUUGUUUGUGGGACUGAUGCAGAAGCCAUAUAUGUUACCAGACAACUAUUUUCAUGAACGUGAAAAAACCCAAAGUUAUCAAUUCCACCAUGUGACCAUGUGCAAAAUCCAAUCAUAAAGAAAUAUGGUAUUUGCAAGAAAACAGAAAACUGUUGUUAACUUCAGUGCCCAGUUUUGGCUUAUUGGCUGACUCUUCCCCCAACACUAUUAGAAUCUGAUCAAUGCAAGAGAUCCUCAGAGUGUAGACAUUGAAGGGGUCCAGGCCUGUUCAACACAGGCCUUCAUCUAACGUAACAAUUCUACAAAAAACAACAAUGUAGAAUCCAAUCAGAAUUAUUUGAAUUAAACUAUCUAGCCAACAGAAACAGGCAUAAGGAGGGUUGCUAUGCACAUGGCCGUGUGGAGUUCAGCUAUUUCAAAGGAUGUCAACUGUUGACCCCUCCCCUUGAAAACUAGCUACAUCACAUACCAAGAUUCUCCAGCAUAUCAGUUCUUGCUUACAUAAGCCAAAUUUAUUUCCAAAAAUAAAUUUUUUACAUAUCAACACUUGUGAACAAUAUAUUUUCUAGAAUUAUAACUUAAGUUUUAUAAUAGUUUUUUAAUAUCUAAAAAAUGUGCUAAUAUAGAAAGUGCUCCAAAGGAAUUAUUCUGAUUAUUAAAGGUUGAAAAUAUUUACAAAAUAAUUUCAUAUACUCAUUGCAAAGUCGGUAAUGCUAGUGCUCUCCAACUCCCGGUUGGAGGUCUGUGGUUUGGUUUCUGCAGCCUUUGGUGAGGCAUCCACUCCUCUUCCCUUGCUUUCCCAAGGAUCUUUCAUGACUCCUCC